AUGGCAAUGGCGACUCUUAUAUUCAUCCCCGGGCACUGGAAUACACCGGCCUGCUACGAUGCUUUAAUCACAGCCCUUUUCGCAUAUGGAUACAACUCAGCGACGGUGCUUCUUCCUAGCGUGGACUGCGACGCUGCGACAUACAGCCUUACUCACGAACUAGACGCUCUCAAAGCGACACUGGCAGCCCUCGCAAGAAUACGGAGAGAUGUCAUCCUCAUCCUACACCCAUCCUUAAAAUAUCAAAGACCAUCAAUGAAAGGAUAUGGAGAGAAGAAGCGAGCCGAACGAAGUUUGAAAACCGGCGUAGUGAGGAUGAUCUUCUUCAUGGCUUUCAUCGGACCGGAAGGCUUUAAUGCAACGAAAUGCGGAGAUGCGGAGGUGAUGAGGGACUUUGCGAAAUUCGAGCUGGAGAGGGGGAUCGUUGCCGUCGAUAGGGCAGAUUCUAUGAACGUGUUCUUCCAAUAUUUACCUGCAUCAGAAGCCCAGCACUGGGCCGCGAGGCUUCUACCACAGAGUGUGGGCGUUUUUUGGAGUGCAUCGAAUUACACCGGUUGGCGGAACAUCCCGUCAACUUACAUGCUUUUCUCGGAUGAUCGG